GUGUCGUUUGAGAUAGUUUCAUGGAUUUUCCUCUGGGUUCUGCGGUGAUAUGCCGACAAGUGAAUCUAAUUGCUUGUUCAUUAGUGUGAGAGAGAACGAACGAGAGCAAAAUCGAAAUCCAAUCCUGGACAAUGGCGUUUGAGAUUCCACUAGAUCAGAUAAAAGAGUUAAAAUUGUUGCUCCGUAAAGAGGUCAAUCUAUCUUGGUACGAACCCGAGAAAGAGGACCCUUUUACGCUUCCUAAGCUACCUUCAGUUGCAGAGACAAUAGCAGGGCUCGAUCCCUCGCCUCCCUACCUUCGCUGCAAGCACUGCAAGGGCAAACUCCUCCGCGGGGUGCAGUCAGCUAUCUGCGUUUUCUGUGGCACAAAUCCCCAUAAGGAUUUGCCUCCUGACCCUGUGAAGUUCAAAGACACUGUUGGAUAUCGCUUCUUACUAGACUCCCUUCAACUAGAUGGAUCGGAGAUGGUGGAACCAGUUAAUAAAGGAAAUGACUCAACCAGAGAGAGGAGUGCAUCAAAAGAAGAGAUUCCCUUAUCUGAACUGUUAGAUUUGGAAAUUAUGCGGCCUUCUGAGUCAGAUGGACCUCAAACCGGUAACUCAGAUGAGGCAGCAUUCCAGAGCAAAGGUUCAUUAAAUUUGGCUGCAGUUGACCUUGAUAGUUUUUUUGCUCGGAGGAAAUCUGCUUCUGAUGCAUUUGAAGAUCAGUUGGCUUCGAAAAAGCUAGUGGAUAGCGCUGAAGUUAAGCCUCUCCAAACUAAUGAAAAUCUUAGUUUGUUUCAGAAUGACCUGAUUCCAGAAACAACCACGGGGCCUUCAGAAGGUCAGAGUGGCAAUUCCUUUUCUGGUUGGGAGGCAGACUUCCAGGCUGCAGGUUCUGAGGCAGUUGAUAAAGAGGCCAAAUCAUUUGAUCAUUCUAAUGUUGAUCUGGAUGAGGUAUUUGGAUAUGGGAAUGCUUCUCUGGGUGUAAAGAAGAAUGACAGCUUGAACCCUUCAGCAUCUAAGGACAAUGAUUGGUUUCAGGGUGGUAUACAAAGAACUUCCGAGCUAACCAGGCAGACUAGGAAACCUGAAGUAACGUUUGAUCUAAAUUAUGCAAAAAUGGCAGAGAGUGCUCGCAGUUCUGCUGGAAAUUUAGACUGGAUGCAAGAUGACCAAGGGCAAGAAAACCAAAACAAGACAACUGAUAAUGUGAUUACUGACGAAGCUGCUGAUUCAUUGGAUGCUUGGGAUGACUUUACUGGCUCGGCCAUCACUCAAGAUCCCUCCAGUAGUGUUUCAAACUCAAAGAUAACUAGCCAGACUUGGGACGCUAAAGUGACUGCUGAUCUUAAUGAUACAAAAACAGCAGAGGGUAAUCAUAGUUCAUCUACGAAGAAUUUUGAUUGGAUGCAAGAUGACCUUUGGCCAGGAAGCAAUGACAAGACCGCAAACACUGUCCCUACUGAUGAAGUUACUGAUUCAAUUAAUGCUUGGGAUGACUUUAUAGGCUCUGCUGGCACACAAGACCUUUCCAGCAGUUUUCCCAACUCAGUGGUAGCUAGCCAGACUGAGAGAUCUGAAAUUACUACUGAUCUUAAUGAUGGAAAAGUUGUGGAGAGCGAUAAUAAUUUUGACUGGAUGGCAGAUGACUUGUGGCAAGGGAGUUAUAGCAAGACAACUGACGCUGUGACUACCGAAGAAGUUGCCGAUUCCUUUGAUGAUUGGAAUGGCUUUACUAGCUCAGCCACUGCACAAGAUCCUUCCAGUUAUGUUUGCAAACAAACUGUAAAUCUGGCAUCUUCUCCGCAGAGAUCUGAAAUAGAUAUAUUCAGCUUAUCAGGCAAUUCAAAUGGUAUUAAUUUUGGCGGGUUCAAACAUGAUUUAUUUUCAGAACAAUUUAGCAAUCCAUUGAGUUCUGCUGGAGCAAACGUUCAGACUGGGGCUUUCUCUGGCAGGGUGGCGUCUGUGGAUGCAACAGGAGGAAACUCGGGAGAUGUUUCCAGUGCAAACUUAGGGUCAAAUAUUGAUGAUGUAGAGAUGCUGUUGUCUCAAAUGCAUGAUCUUUCGUUUAUGCUUGAGAGCGAGCUUUCGUUUCCUCCCAAGUGAUGCUGACGUACAUUAUUUUCCAGAUUGAUGCUAAGUUGUUGUUUACAUGUGUUACGAUUCAUUUUUCAAUUUGUAGCGCAGGCCUUCACCCUUCCACUUUUCUGGUAUUUGUGUUAUAUAAAGAUUAAAGAAUAGACAGACGGUUGGAUAUCGAGUUGGUAAUUUUGAGGAGCCUUUGAGGGCUGUAACCUGUAAGGAUGAAAUUUUUUGCAAGUCUUCUUCCUCUUCCAUGUAGCUUCUUCAGAAGAGAUAGUACAGUUUAAAACAGCACUACGUAAUGGAGGCAGUCAAGGUUAAUUCCUUUGAUGAAA